CGGUCAGUUUAGUUCGCUGUUUCGUCCCGUUGUGUUUGGGUUGUUCUUGACCCGUUUCUUUGGAAUCGCGCACCGAAAUUUGUUUUCGUAAUCAAAAAAAAAUUAUAUUUAUUACAUUGUAUAUUACUUUCUUCUCGUCUCGGUGGGGCUUCCUACUCUCCAGUGACGGGUUUUGUGUGUUCCCAUUCGCGAGUGCAUUUUUUUUUGUAUGUUAUUUUGUGAGUUGAUUUAUUGCCCAGUGAGCAAAAUCUCUUUGUUCCCGACGAAGGGAGUUGAAAUCCGGAUCUCGCACAGGAAAUAGCAGGUUUGCUGAUAUAUAUGUAAAGGGACGAGGAUAGAAGAAACAGGUUUUUCGGUACCUAAACCAAUCUUGAGCUGUACAUAACUAAGGGAAAAAGUCAGUGUCUUACCGUAGUCGGGCUGUGAUCGGAUCGCACUCCGAGAGUGCCCCAAGAAUACAACAGAAUUUACCUAGUCUAGUGUAGUGUGUGGAACGAAGUAAACCAAAGUUCAAUGUGCUAGCAGAGUGAUCAGCGUUGUUAGCUCGAUUGAACAGCGGCUCCGGACGCGCCGCAAACCAGAAUGAAAUUCGCGGAGCAUCUUUCCGCACACAUCACUCCAGAAUGGCGCAAGCAGUACAUCAACUACGAGGAAAUGAAGGCGAUGCUGUAUACCACCGUCGAGGAGGCACCCGCCGUCGACAGCGUCGAAGAUGACAUCAUCAAGCGGCACUUUGCCAAUUUCGACGAGAACUUCUAUCACUACUGCGACGAGGAGCUGAAGAAGAUCAACACCUUCUACUCGGAGAAGCUGGCCGAAGCGACCCGGAAGUAUGCGGCCCUUUCGGCACAGUUGAAAACCAUGCUCGAAACGCAACAGAAGAGCAAAACCAAGGGGCACACCCUGAAACGGAUCAAUCUGCCGUAUCGGAAAGCGCAGGAACUGAAGCUGGCCUUCAGUGAGUUCUAUCUGAGCCUGAUACUGCUGCAGAACUACCAGAAUCUGAACCAUACGGGCUUUCGGAAGAUCCUCAAGAAGCACGAUAAACUGUUACGGUCGGAUAAUGGGUACCGUUGGCAGAAGGAACAGGUCGAGACCAGUCACUUCUUUACCAAUAAGGAUAUUGAUAAGUUGAUUAACGAUACGGAAACGACUGUCACGACACAGCUGGAGGGAGGUGAUCGCCAGAAGGCCAUGAAGAGGCUGAGAGUUCCACCGCUGGGAGAGCAGCAGAGUCCGUGGACGACCUUCAAGGUGGGUCUGUUCAGUGGAGGCUUUGUAGUACUUUUUAUUGCUGUGAUUCUUUCGGCGAUUUUCCACGAAAGCACGGGAGAGAAUUUGAAGAUUGCCUUCCGUCUGUACCGGGGACCGUUGCUACUGAUCGAGUUUAUAUUUCUGAUGGGUGUCAACAUCUACGGCUGGCGAUCGUCCGGUGUCAAUCACGUGUUGAUCUUCGAAUUGGAUCCUAGGAAUCACCUAUCCGAACAGCAUCUCAUGGAACUGGCAGCCGUGCUGGGAGUGGUUUGGACUUUGAGUCUGCUAAGCUUCCUGUACAGUGCCAGCCUUAGCAUACCACCGUAUGUGAAUCCUCUUGCGCUGACGGUUGUGAUGAUUGCAUUUCUCAUCAACCCCCUGAAGGUAUUUCGGUACGAGGCACGCUUCUGGCUGUUGAGAAUCAUUGGCCGCAUGAUCGCAGCACCAUUCUUUCACGUUGGUUUCGCCGACUUCUGGCUGGCCGAUCAGUUGAACAGUCUGGUAACGGCCCUGUUGGAUUUUCAGUUUCUCACCUGUUUCUAUGUGUCGAAUGGGAACUGGCUCGAUGCGGGAAACACUCGCCUGUGUAUGGAGGAGAACUACAUCAUUCGGCCGCUCGUGAACUGUCUGCCGGCAUGGUUCCGUUUUGCUCAGUGUCUGCGACGUUACCGGGACUCCAAGGAGGCCUUUCCGCAUUUGGUAAACGCGGGAAAAUACUCGACCACUUUUUGUGUGGUCAUAUUUGCCACACUCAGGAGCUAUCAUGCAUCCGAAUAUGAAGAUUCCUUCGACAACCCGUACCUGUGGUUGUGGAUCCUCAGCUCGGUUGUGUCGUCUUGCUACGCCUACACGUGGGAUAUUAAAAUGGAUUGGGGUUUGUUCGAUAAGAAUGCCGGCGAAAAUACUUUCCUGCGAGAGGAGAUUGUAUAUUCGACUCCGUUCUUUUAUUACUUCGCCAUUAUCGAAGAUCUGGUGUUACGGUUUGCCUGGGGAGUUGCGUUUGCCCUUACGGAAAAUGGAAUCGUUUCGGGAGAUCUGAUGACAUCGAUUCUAGCGCCGUUGGAGGUUUUCCGUCGUUUCGUGUGGAACUUUUUCCGAUUGGAGAACGAACAUCUCAACAAUUGCGGUAAGUUCCGUGCCGUUCGAGACAUCUCGAUUGCUCCCAUCGAUUCAAACGAUCAGAUCAUCAUACUGAAGAUGAUGGACGAGGAGGAUGGCGUUAUCAACAGGGACUCCAAGAACAAUCGCGCCAAACACAAAAAGACCAAAGAGGAUAAGAAGCCACUGCUGUCAACGUUCAAGGGUUCCCUGCAAGAUCUGAACGUUGACAUCAGCAGCUCGAAGAAGCUCUGAGCAGAAUCUGCUCAAUUUAGUAUAAUUUUUGCCUACCAGAACAAUUUCAUAAAGUCACCAAGGUGAGACUGUACAAAGGUGUACUUAUGAUGAAUCGAUGAAAAAGCGGAGUCAAAACAGGAACCAUAUAUCCUCUAAGGAGCGCCACUUAGCAAAUGUACGUUUAAACAAUGAUCAAACUCUCACAUUCCUUCGGCUCAAAGAAGAAUUUUACGACAGGCUUUUUGUGAACAGGAACGAAUGCGAACGUUUGAACGUCACCAUAGGAAUUUCAAUUAUUAGUAAGCUAGUUAAAGUCAACGCCUUAAAACAGAAAUUCGUGUACUUCCAUCUAUAUUGAACUGACCACGCUAUAGUGAUGUUUGCAAUAAAUGCUAGGUUUAGUCUAGUGCGAGCGAAUUUUACCUUUUUAUACGCUAGGAUCGAAAAGUCUUUUGAACAUUUUAGAAUAGUUAGGAUCAGCGAGAAUCCUCCUGUUAAGUUUAUGUAGUUUGGCAGUAUUAUACUUAUUACAAGAACUUUUUGUGUUUUCAUUUUAUAAUUUCUCUCUGUUCAUCAAUCCAGAUUUUUCCGUUACAUUUUAAGAAACCAUGAUCUAUUCGAAAAGCAAUAAAAGAUUUUCGUUUUUGUGUGUUAUCAUAAGAGUUUAGCAUAAUUUGACCGAUUGUCAAGUUGCAUUAGAGCCGCAUAGAAAUAAAAAAAAAAGUCUAAGCUGCAUGAAGAGACAUUGCAGUCAAGGUUGUUCAGAUCUUAUAUAUUUAUUAGAAUUCACACCAUUUAGGAACAGGUUUGUGAUUUCAUUCCAAAAUAAAAAGAACAAAAUGUUAUUUUUACUACAGAAA